AUGAACAAGCUCACUCUAAUUGCAGGUCUUUCUUUGAUCAUUGCCAGUUUGGCCACUUCCUCCAAACUGGUGUGUUACUUCACCAACUGGUCCAAAAAUAGAGCAAAUGAAGGGGAGUUCACCAUUUCAGAUAUUGAUCCAAACUUGUGUACCCAUCUGAUCUAUGCCUUUUCUGGCAUAAAUUAUGCCAAUGAGGUGGACCCUAAUGAGGCGGGUUACGAACAAAGUUACAAUUCCUUUAACGGACUAAAAGAUAGAAAUGCAGAUCUCAAAACCCUUCUAUCAGUGGGUGGUUGGGUCUUUGGCACACAGAGAUUCAGCAUGAUGGUAUCAACACCAGCCAACCGAGAAAAAUUCAUACAGUCUACUAUCAAACUACUGAGAGAUUAUGGUUUUGAUGGGAUUCACCUGGACUGGGAAUUUCCUGGAACACGAGGGAGUGCUCCAGAGGACAAACAGAGAUUCACACUGUUGUGCAAGGAACUCUUAAUUGCUUAUGAGGCUGAAGGAACAUUAACUGGCUAUCCCAGAUUACUGGUCACUGCUGCACUGGCUGCUGACAAAGGAAUAAUUGAUAUCAGUUAUGAAAUGACUGAGCUUGGCAGGUACCUGGAUUUUAUGGUUGUGAUGGCAUUUGAUCUUCGUGGCCCCUGGGAGGGUGUCACUGCUCAUCACAGUCCCUUACACUGGAGAUCACAAGACACUGCAAGCAGCAUAUACUUAACCAGUGACUUUGCAAUGCAGUAUUGGCUGAACAAUGGGGUACCUGCGGAAAAGCUCAUUUUGGGAUUUGCUGCAUAUGGGCGAACCUUUACGUUGACCUCUUCAUCCAAUGAGGUUGGAGCACCAGCCACUUAUGCUAAUUAUGCAGGCCUUUACACCAGGGAGGCGGGUAUCUGGUCCUAUUACGAGAUUUGUUUUUAUCUUGAAGGAGAAACAAUCCAUUGGAUUGAAGACCAGAAAGUCCCAUAUGGCACCACAGGAUAUCGGUGGGUGGGAUUUGACAACAGAGACAGCAUUAAUUACAAGGCGAAGUAUAUAAAAGAAAACAACUUUGGAGGAGUCUCUGUCUGGUCUCUGGACCUGGAUGAUUUCAAGGGGCAGUUCUGUAAAGAGGGAAAAUACCCCCUCAUUAGCCAUCUGCAUCGUCUCCUGAUUUCAGGUAAGCCCAAAGAUUGUGAAAAAUGUCGAUACUAUCCCGGUAUUUUAAUGAGAUUGUAAUCACUUUGAUUAGCUUGUACUCUAAGUUUUAUCAAGUGUAAAUGUUUUCUUUCACGUGUGAAAUGUCAGCAGUUAAGCUUCAUUUUACAAAGCAAUGAUAGUACUCAAACUACUUUUAAU